AUGGCAAGCAAAUGCCUAAGCCUUUCCUUUCUCAUCCCCCUCCUCGCCGUUGCGGCCCCUCUAACGGCCCUCGCUGGCGACCCCGACAUCGUCUCCAACUUUCUCCUCCCGCAGAACCUCACCGCCAGCAACAUCACGGGCGCCUUCUUCACCUUCACCGGUAUGCGCCAGAUAAUGAACGCCAACGAGCCGACAACCUUUACAGUCUUGAAAGCCACCGCUGCGGAAUUCCCUGCCCUCAACGGUCAGAGCGUCUCCUCCGCCGUGCUCAUCUACCCCCCGUCCUCCGUCAACCCACCGCACACCCACCCUCGCUCUGCAGAACUACUAUUCCUCAUCGUAGGCGCCCUCGAUGUCGGCUUCGUCGACACAACUGACAAGCUUUACACCCAAACGCUCCAGCCGGGGGACUUGUUUGUGUUUCCGAAAGGACUGGUGCAUUUCCAGUACAACCGGGGGAGCGAGUCGGCGUUGGCGGUAUCGGCUUUCGGAAGUGCGAAUGCUGGGACCGUCUCGGUCCCUGCCGCCGUGUUCGGCACCGGCAUCGACGACUGGAUUCUCGCAAAGUCGUUCAAGACCGAUGUGGCGACGAUUCAGGAAAUCAAAGCUGGACUUACACCCAAGGCCCAGGACUUGAGAUGA